AUGCGCGAGGCAUUUCCCGCUUUGAAAGAUACUCCUGACGACGCCAUCGCGAUUGCGGCCAAGCUACCGGGGAUGCAAGCCGCCGUACAGAUCAUGCCAUCGCUAUGGCCCCAGAUAUGGAGCAGAGUAUCCGAAGUUGUAGUGAGCAUUCCGCCUACGGAGGAUGACAAGCGUUUCAAACUAGUGACCGAAGUGGCAACAUCCGUGGUCCAUUUGCGGACUCCGGAUAACGAGCACUUCGAACUACGCAUCAAUCUGAACGUAGCGAACCUUCAAGACUUAAAGAGGCUCAUAGAGCAAAAGACCGGAGUGGCAGUUGAGCGCCAGAUUGUGGUCUUUAGGAAGAGAGUAUACGGUACCAAGGGUGUGAUAGAAGCGGGCGCGGAGGUUAGAGGGGACGAUGUUCUUAUCGACUGUGACGUUAAGCUAGGCCACCCUCUCGAGCUCAAGCUUAAGUCAAAGGAGGAUACGAGUCAGAGCUGGCCAGCGACAAAGGAGGCUUAUGAACUUACGACGAGCGACCUACAUGUCUGGGCUUCUGUCUGA